GUGACUUGACGGUGGUGUGAGCGGCGUUGGGAUCCAAAGUGUCAGGAGGGGAUUCAGGGAAAUCUGGGAAAAGGGGAAUCAACGGUUCGGACCGGAACUAAAGCCACAGUUAUCCCAGCCGGGCCUUACGGGUCAAACUGGGUUUUUUCCUGCGGACGCCUGCGUGAGGUUUCCCCGCCGCUGGAUCCGGGAUCUGCACAAUGGAUCAGCUGUCAGAUGAAGAGGUGGAGGUCAGAGAGGAGGAGGAGGAGGAAGAGGAUGACAGUGAGAAGGAGGACCAGGAUCUGGAUAAGAUGUUUGGAGCCUGGUUGGGAGAGCUGGACAAACUCACACAGAGUCUGGAUGAUGGGAAACCAGAGUGCCCACCUGAGUACAAGCCUCCUCUCAGACAGGAGACCAACAUGGCCAACUUCUCCUACAGGUUCUCCAUAUACAACAUCAACAAGGCAUUGAAUCAGGGUGACAGCGUAGAUCUGGAUGCUCUCAUGGCUGAUCUCUCCUCCAUUGAACAGGAACUGGGUACCACUGGCGCCAAAGCCAGCAGUUCCAUCCCCAUGGCCCGCCUAGGACUAACAGACACCAAGGUUCGUCAGAAACCUCCAGCAGGGCGUAGUAACAAGCAGCAGCCAGCAGGGAGUAGCAGUGGUGGCAGCGGUAGCAGCAUUGGUGGAGGUAGCAGCGGAGCGAGCAGCAGCAGCAGCAGCACCAGGGCAUCGCCGGCAGGCACCAUCCGAUCCUCCACUGGGCAUCAUGGCAGAACAGCUCUGGCUUCUAACUUCAGUCUGGAUGACAUUACGGCCCAGCUGGCGAAGGCGUCUCUCAGUAUGGAUGAAGUUGCUCACCAGACCUCUUCACACUCUCUUGGCUCCUCCUCCUCCUACACAUCAUCCAUGGUGCGACGGCCCGGCUCCACUAAUCGCCAGCAUCGACGGACGGGAUCAGUGGGCACAGUCAGUGAACACGAGGUGCGUUCUUUUGUUCACUCCUCAUGCUCUUCUGUUACCUCAGCGUCUGGAGUCUCUGUUAACUCUGCCUCCUCCAUGGAUUCCUUGGACAGUGUUCUCCACACGGACUCAGACACCCCUCAGUCUUCAUGUGUGCUCCCAUCUGAAGGAGCUACUCAAGGCCGAGAUUCCACAGAGGAGGAGCAGGCGGCCAAACUGAAGGCAGAAAAUAUUCGAGUUGCACUGGAAAAGAUUAAGGAGGCUCAGGUCAAGAAGCUGGUGAUUCGUGUUCAUUUGUCCGACGAAAGCUCAAAGACCAUGAUGGUGGACGAGCGGCAGACAGUCAGACAGGUUCUGGACAGUUUGCUGGAGAAGUCUCACUGUGGGUAUAGUCCAGACUGGUCACUGGUGGAAACCAUCAGUGAGCUGCAGAUGGAGCGGAUCUAUGAGGAUCAUGAGAACCUGGUGGAAAACCUACUGAACUGGACCAGAGACAGUCAGAACCGUCUGAUGUUCACAGAACGUACAGAGAAAUACGCUCUGUUCAAAAACCCCCAGAACUAUUUAUUGGGACGGAAGGAGAUGUGUGAGAUGGCUGAAAGGAAUAAAGAAGCUCUGUUAGAGGAGUGCUUUGGCGGCAGCUCAGUGUCCGUUCCAGAAAUGGAGGGAGUGUUGUGGCUGAAGGAUGAUGGGAAGAAGUCGUGGAAGAAACGAUACUUCCUGCUCAGAGCUUCUGGCAUCUACUAUGUCCCAAAGGGCAAAGCCAAGGCUUCCAGAGACCUGGUGUGUUUCCUUCAGCUGGAUCACGUUAACAUUUACCAUGGCCAGAACUACAAAAACAAGUACAAGGCUCCCACUGACUACUGCAUGGUACUCAAGCACCCUCAGAUUCAGAAGAAAUCUCAGUACAUCAAAUAUCUCUGCUGUGAUGAUGUCAGAACCCUCCACCAAUGGAUCAACAGCAUCCGCGUUGCCAAGUACGGGAAGCAGCUCUACAUCAACUUCCUGGAAGCCAUGAGGAGGACGGAAGCAGCAUAUGAUUGGUCAUCUCUGUCAUCUUCAUCCAUCAAGUCAGGAUCCAGUUCCUCAAGCCUUCCAGAGUCCCAGUCCAACCACUCCAGCCAGUCUGACAGUGGUGUUUCAGAAAUGACAUCUUCGAGCCACGCUCGCUCCCAGAGUGUCGUCAGCUCCAUCUUUUCAGAGGCCUGGAGGAGAGGAACUCAAGGAGAGAUGUUGAAGAUGGAUCCUAUCAGUAAACCCAUCCCUGUCCAGAUCCCUGCCCUCUCAUUCCAGGCCCUCCCUAUGUCACAGCCUCUGACCCCCCCUUCCAGUUCCAGCUACACUGACAGCCUUGUCCCAUCCAAGGAUUCUUCUCGAAGUCCGCCCUCACCUCUUUCACCAUCCGCUCCUCUCUCCAUCACAAGUGUGGCUCCUCAGCCGUUGCCUCCCUCCACAUUUGUCAAGUACAGUACACUGGCACAUCUGCAGAGCCAGUCCAAGACACAGCCAGCUGGAGCUAGUCCACCUGCCCAGGAAGCCACAAACAACAAUAGCACCCUCCCUGCUGCCUCCUACCUCCCGCCACCUCCGAUGACCUGCCUAGACACUGACAACUUGCCUCCUCCACCCCCUCCAGAACAAAUCACCAGCUCCUGCCUACCACUGACUAACACUGGCCUCCAACAGUUCCUGGCACAGAAGUUUCCUAACAUGGUGUACGACUUUAGCCCAGCUGUGCCCGAUGAUGAUUCUCCUCCUCCACCUCCUCCUGUGGAGCUUUCUCCUCCUAGAUCCUUACAGGUUUUCCAAACCCAUUCCCCCAGCGCACCCCCACCCACACCCCCCAAAACCUUCACUGGUGGAUUCCCUCCUCAGACCGCUCCCAAACCCUCAGGCCCAUCCUCCCUCCCAAUUGCCAUCUCCCCUGUGUCUCCAAUUACUCCCCACAGUGCACAUGUGCCAGUAAAAAAGCAGCAAAGUUUCUCAACAGGACAUUCACCCAAUCAGCCCCCUCCCACCCUCCCAAAGCAGCACAGCCUCUCCUCCAAAACCCUCGCCCUUUCUCCCUCCUCCCCAUCUUCUUUAUCCAUCUCCAUCGCAGCUGCCACCUCCUCUUUGGUUAAGCAAAUUGUCAAUCAGUUCCCAGGAAACUCUGUGUCUUCCUCCCCUCCUGCAUCAACCUCUGUGGAAGUAUCCAAGAGCUCUGCUCCACAGUCUCCUCCAGCUGUCAAGGCCAAACCAAAAUGGCAGCCAGGGGGCAGUAUGGUUCCACAGUCCCCAGAGUUUCCACCACCACCUCCUGAGAGCUCUUUAGUGGAUUUCCCUCCUCUAUCCUGUUCAUCCUCCUCCAUGACAGGCUCCCCCAUCAAUAAGUGUCCUUCCAUCUCCUCCACUGGGUCCAACAAGAGGGGUCCUCCUCCUACCCCCCAGAGAGCUUCCUCUAUUCGGUCCACUUCAUCAGGUGAAACCCAAGAUGACAGGCCAAAGAAGGUGGAAAGCCUCGUCUCCAAAUUUGGCCAAACUCCACAAACUGGUACCUCAUCCAGCUCCUCUUCUGCAACUGGCUCACCUUCCAAAGAUUCCACUGGGCUUCCCAAACCAGGGAAGCUAAAUCUGGCAAAGCUUCCAUUGGUGCUCCAGGGAUUACAAACUAGUCGCCACCAACAGCCCUCUGACUUCUUAUCCCCUCCUCCUCCACUUCCCCCAUCACAACUUUCACAUUUGGAUUCAUCUCCCGAUUACUUCCCACCUCCCCCAAGUGAUUCAGAGCUCUUUCUUCUUCCUCCACAUCCGUCAGAGUUCCAUCACCCUCCAAAAGUUGCUGUUGUGAACCCUCAACCUCAGAUGCCAGCACAUCAGGCAAUAACCUCAUCAUCAUGGAAACAAGGCUCAUUAAAGAAGGGGGAAGUACCCCACCCAACACUCAACAGGCGGAGCAGCAGUACGAUGCAGUACGACAGUACAAUUUCAAUCCCUUUGUCGCCACCUCCUCUUUCGCAGACACCUCCUCCUUCUCUGUCUUCUUAUUCUUCCUCUCCUGUCCCACCUACUUCCCCAAAAUCUGCAGUGUCUAGUUCCCUGGCACUUAAAAGCCACUUUCUAGAGGACCUCAAUCGCACUCUGAAGAGAAAAUCAGUGUCACGCCACGGGUCACUCACAUCUUCUCAUAUCAUGCCCUCCUCCAAGAUGGAGCCCGUGGGCACGAUGGACGACAUGGUGCUCCUCCCACCUCCUCCCCCUGAGUUUUUGCAGCAGCAGCAGGGAAGCCGGGCACACUCUCACACGCUUUCUCGCCACCACACACGUUCCCACUCUACCAAACAUAGCAACAUCUCUGGCUAUGCAACGCUGCGGCGAGGCCCGCCUCCUGCACCACCAAAACGGGACCAAAGUACCAAACUGACCAGUGAGUGGUAGAAAGACAGAGGGCGGAGCCCACUUAACUGAACUGAUCAAGUAGGUGUCAGUGUUCAAGCAAAGAAUUAAAAAACUAAGAAUAGGUUUGUCUGUAUUCUCCACCUUUCAUGCUAACAAAGCCACUCCAUGGAUUCCAUGCGAGUAACAAGCCGGCAUCCCUUCUUGAAUCAUCAUUCUUAUUAUCGUCAUUAUCAACAUUAUUACUGAUCCACAUGUUUAAUCAAAUGACAUGAGUAAUAUCUAUAUAGAUGUAUGUAUACAAGCAAAACGGAAACUGGCAUCUCUCAAGCUUUUCCCAAAAUGUCUGUGCAGCUUUGCCUUGAAAUAUAUUAAAAUCAAAUUACAGAUGUGUUGCUCCAAUAUUACUGGUACUGCAUGGACCAUUACAUUGGAAGUGAAGGAAGGGAGGGCAAGAAAGUUUGAAGAUGUGCCUAGAAACAUAUUUUGUGUCCUGGAGAAGCACAGUUUGAAAGAGAAGUUCCAUUUACUGCAAACGUUUGAGUUUAUAUAAUAUUAUUUAAUACUACAAAGAUAAUGUCCUUAUCUUAAUUAUUUUAAGUUGGUUGGUGUGAAGUUUGAUGUUUGACAGUAUAUGGUUCUGAAUUUUAAAA